GAAAAAGGGCGAUCAAGGCAUUUGCAUAGAUGCUGAGCUGUACCUUUUUCCUCUGAAAAUGUUUUUGUGGUUGUUUUUUUCCCCAGGAGAGGGGGGCUAUUCUUACCUCAAGGAAUGGCUGUGGUGGGCAGGGUUGCUUUCAAUGGGAAUAGGAGAAGCUGCAAACUUUGCUGCAUAUGCCUUUGCCCCUGCGACUUUGGUCACCCCGUUGGGUGCACUAAGUGUUCUUAUAAGUGCAAUAUUAUCUUCCUAUUUCUUGGAUGAAAAGCUCAACAUUCACGGAAAGCUGGGCUGUGUGUUAAGCAUUCUGGGUUCCACGGUGAUGGUGAUUCAUGCCCCUGAAGAGGAACAAGUCACAUCAUUGGAUGACAUGGAAAUAAAACUAAAAGAUCCAGUGUUCAUUGCAUUUGCUGCUGUUAUAAUUGUGACCUCACUGGUACUCAUUUUUGUUGUCGCUCCACGGUUUGGACAGACGAAUAUAUUGGUCUACAUCUCCAUCUGUUCACUGAUAGGUGCUUUUUCUGUCUCCUCUGUCAAGGGCCUGGGCAUUGCUAUUAAAGACAUGCUUUAUCAGAAGCCAGUCUUCCAAAAUCCACUGCUUUAUGUUUUAGCAGUAGUUCUGGUGCUGGCCGUUAGUACUCAAAUCAACUACCUCAACAAAUCCCUGGAUGUGUUUAAUACAUCUCUAGUCACUCCCAUUUAUUACGUGUGCUUCACCACCACCGUGGUGAUCUGCUCCGUUAUUCUCUUCAAAGAAUGGAAUAGCAUGGAACUUGGUGAUAUCGUUGGAACCUUGAGCGGAUUCUUCACCAUAAUUAUUGGCAUUUUCUUUCUUCAUGCCUUUAAAAAUGUCAGCAUCACAUGGAACCAAUUGGCAAUUUCUGUCAAGAGAGACCCAGUCUUGUCUUUGCAUGGUUAUGAGGCUCAUCAUACUUUAUUAGAAAAUAUGGAAACUCCAGCUUUGUUGUGUGAUGAGGAUAACACUCUGUUCAGCCGAGGAACUGAACAACAGCCUGACCACCAUUAAGUCAUCUCUCUCUGCUUAAACAGCCAACCAGAGCAAACCUCAUCUUCAUCGUCCCAGGAUAAAACUUGGAGGCAGGGAAGGUCAUGUCAUUUGCUUAUGGGUUAGAAAAGGAAAUUAGAUGAUGCUGGUAUUUCUGUAUUUCCCAUCUCUGACAGCAUGCAGAAGUCACUGAUAGCAAUAAUGCUCUUUGGGUGAUGACUGUUGUUGCUAAUGAACUUAAUUAUGUACAUAAUAUAUUUUCUAAAUAGCAUUUAGAAAUGCUAUUCUGUUUUAAAAACAAGACUUCUGCUGAGGGCUAAGUGAAGAUAUUUUGUGUGUGAAGAACCAGGACUUUUCUAAAGAGGGGCAUGUUGGUAAACUGGAAGUUUUAGUUUAUUCUAGUUUUCCAGAUGGGAAGUGUCCAAAAACAACAACUUCUCUUUUAGGUUUAACUUCCAGCAACAAAGUUUAAACUCUAGCAAAGUACAUUAAUUGAAAACAGGUUCUUUCUAUGCCUGAUAGCACUGAGUUAGAUCCAGACUAAGAAAUCCGUACAGUAAACUCACUGAAAUCUGGGAAUUACAUUGGUCUACACUAAACGUUUCUGGAAAGACUUUUAAGUUUUAUUUCCCUCAUAAAUUGCUUCCACCCUGGAAAACAGAUUGGACAAGUUUAGUGCUGUAUACUUUUAGUUUUUUCUAGAUGAUAAUUUGUUUGAAGGAUCUGUUAAAUUUCUGGAAUCAUUUUCUCGUAUGGAUCCAACAGGGAAGGAUGGAAGGUAACUGAAAUGUGCAUUAGUCAUCAAUCUUUAACAAUCACUAUGUUAGACAAUUGGAGCAGAACUUCCUAAUGUUUCAUACAUGAUUUCCAGUAGGCUGCUUUUAAGCGUUCAAGAAUAUGCCAUCGUAAAUCAUUUACAUAUGUAGAUUUUUAUAAACUAUAUACAUGUAUAAUCAUUUUUAUGAAAAAGAUUCUACUGGUAUAAUCUCUUAAUGCUGCUUAAUUUUACUAGAAAAAUCUGUGCUUAAGUCUUUUAAAUGAGUCAUUUAAUUGUUCAGGACAGUAGAUGAGAUUUUAAAACACACACAUAUACUCACAAAUGUUAAAGUCUCUUCCCUUUUACAUAGAACUGUAUUUUAAUACACUGUUGAGAUUUUUUUUUUUUUAAAUGUCCAUGGUGACCUCCUUUGCUAUUUCGUGAACUGGAAAGGGACUUUGGUCAUAUGAGAAUUUCUGAACUAAAAGGAUCAGUGCCAAUAAACUGAGUUUUGAAAUAGAAUUUCAUCUGUAAACCCAGGCUUGGCUGUCGGUAGAUUUUUGGCCAUCCCUUCAAUAUUCAGUGUUAAUGCCUUAGUUCUAAAAGUGCUUAGGAAAGGAAUAAAA